AUGAGCCCGCUCAGAGUAAUUGUUCUUAUUGUUAUCGGCUUUAUACUCCUUUCAUCAGUCACUGCUCUCAAAGCUUGUUCCAAAAAUGCCAACUUGUGGAAAAGCAUUCAAUACCAGCUUAAGUUAGCUGAGACUACAGAAGGGCGAUGUGAUUGUGAUGCAAAAGAAUUACAUGGCCAUAAAACGGUCGGUUUUCUGGCUAAAUCUUCCAAAGAUAAAAGUAAUGUGAACACUGGAUCCACAGUUAUAUAUGAUGAGGUUGUCACCAACACCGGUUCUGGAUACGAUGCUUCCACUGGACAGUUUGUGGCACCUUACGAAGGUCUUUAUUAUUUCACAUGGACAACGCUAUCUCGAGUUUCGAACCUUUUCUUAACUGAGAUUUUGCACAAUGACAACAAAAUUGCUUCUAACUAUCCUGAUGGAAGAGGAUUAUCUAGUGGACAUGUGUCAGCCACACAAAGUGUUCUGCUACAGCUUGCAGCAAAAGACAAGGUCUGCAUUAAAACUCAAAUCACAGGACAGUUUAUGUUUGGAAGUGUAUGGUCGACCUUCAGUGGUUUCAAAAUUUAA